CUAGGGCAGCCACAGAUGAACAAGCCUCCUAUCAGCUGUGGGAGGGAAAGGGGGGCUUUUGAGCUCUGCAAAGAGUGUGUGUAGGGGUGCGGGGGUGGGAAUGGGAGCCCUUGAGGUUUGUGGGUAAUCUGAGCACACCUUCGGAUCUGUCCUGGACAGAGUACAAAGAACUGGGAAAGCAGUUGUGCAGAAGGCUGUUUGUGAAGAGGGGAGUGGUGAUUUGGGGACAAGAGUUGGGGAAGGAAAUAUCAGUGACUUGGGAUUGUCAAGGAGUGGAGUGGAGUGGAGGUUGUGAUACCCAGGGCAGCGUGGAGGGCGAUCAGGAGUCUGUGAAGGAAUGGGCUGAGACAAUUGUGAACGAAAGUCUUGAGUCACUGAAGAGUGCCAGAGGGGAAGGGGCAGUGGGGAAGUUCACUGAGUGGUUUAUAUCAUCAUGUAUCAGCAGGAAUGCAGAAAGGAGUAAUAUUCUAGAGCAGAAAUUAUAUUAAUAUCGGCAUGCUGUCUCCAGGACAGGAUCUUCAUUUAAGAUAGGCCUGAUUAGACAAAAAGUUCUCCUGGCUUAAUUGGGCCAGCCUGUAUCUUAAAGAGAGAUAUAAUUACACAUAUGGAUAUGCAAUCUAGCAUUAUAUAAUACUAUAUUACAUAAGAAGACAAAUGCCUCCUUUCACCCAGGCUCUCUUGGCAUGAAUUUACCAAAACUCAAAAAAUUUCUUCCAACCCUCUUGUACCCAUUUUCUGGAGGUAGAGACUGAUGUCCUCAAAAAGUGAAGAGGUUUGCCUCUUUCUAGAUAGGACAAUGAAGCUUGCUGUUUCAACAGGGAUGAUGAUUUAAAAAAAAGGUGGUGGUGGGGAGAGCCAGUUGGUGGAUGUGUAAGAGAAGCGUGAGGGGCAGCCAGAGAGGGGCUGGGCUGGGCUGGAGUGUUCAGGUUAGACAGGCUGCUUCCUAAACUCAUGGCCAGUGUUUACUACUCUCCUACUUGUUGGCUUGCUGUCCCCUACUGAACUCUGGAAGCAAAAUCACAAGGUCUGUGUGAGUGUUAUGUCACAGAGCAGCUAACUUGGACAUGCCCCUGGAUCCAAGAAUCCAGGCUCUCCUCCCGUUUGCUUCCAGACCUCCAUGCUAGUGAAUCAAAACCACAGAAGGAAGUUCUGUUGCCCUCUGGGUUUCUGUCUUCAUAGGUCCCAAUUAAUGGAUUCUGACAUGGAUUAUGAAAGGCCAAACGUAGAGACCAUCAAGUGCGUGGUGGUGGGUGACAACGCCGUGGGCAAGACCAGGCUCAUCUGUGCCCGGGCCUGCAAUGCCACCCUCACCCAGUACCAGCUUCUUGCCACCCAUGUGCCCACAGUGUGGGCCAUUGACCAGUAUCGAGUAUGCCAGGAGGUGCUAGAACGCUCCCGAGAUGUGGUAGAUGAUGUCAGCGUCUCCCUGCGCCUCUGGGACACCUUUGGAGACCACCACAAAGACCGGCGAUUUGCUUAUGGAAGAUCUGAUGUGGUGGUUCUGUGUUUCUCCAUUGCCAACCCCAAUUCCCUCCACCAUGUCAAGACCAUGUGGUACCCAGAAAUCAAGCAUUUCUGCCCCCGAGCUCCUGUCAUUCUGGUGGGCUGCCAGCUGGACCUGCGCUAUGCUGAUCUGGAAGCCGUUAACAGGGCCAGGAGACCCUUGGCUAGGCCCAUCAAGCCCAAUGAGAUCCUCCCGCCAGAGAAGGGUCGGGAAGUGGCCAAGGAGCUGGGGAUCCCUUACUACGAGACCAGCGUGGUGGCCCAGUUUGGUAUCAAGGACGUCUUUGACAACGCCAUCCGGGCUGCACUCAUCUCCCGCCGCCACCUGCAGUUCUGGAAAUCUCAUCUGCGCAAUGUGCAGCGGCCCCUGCUGCAAGCCCCUUUCCUGCCCCCCAAGCCACCGCCCCCCAUCAUCGUGGUGCCCGACCCCCCCUCCAGCAGUGAGGAGUGCCCCGCCCACCUCCUGGAAGACCCGCUCUGUGCUGAUGUCAUCCUGGUGCUGCAGGAGCGCGUGCGCAUCUUUGCCCACAAGAUCUACCUCUCCACCUCCUCCUCCAAAUUCUAUGACUUGUUCCUCAUGGACCUGAGUGAGGAGGAGUUGGGGGGCCCCUCAGGGCCAGGGGGCCCCCGCCCAGAGGACCACCGGAGCCACCCUGAGCAACACCACCAUCAUCACCAUCACCAUCAUGGGCGGGACUUCCUACUUCGGGCAGCCAGCUUUGAUGUGUGUGAGAGUGUGGAUGAGGCUGGGGGCUCUGGCCCUGCUGGCCUCCGGGCUUCAACCAGUGAUGGGAUCUUAAGGGGUAAUGGAACAGGGUACCUGCCAGGCAGGGGGCGUGUGCUUUCUUCUUGGAGCCGAGCUUUUGUGAGUAUCCAGGAAGAGAUGGCAGAGGAUCCUCUGACCUUCAAAUCCCGGCUGAUGGUAGUGGUGAAGAUGGAUAACUCCAUUCAGCCAGGGCCCUUCCGGGCUGUUCUCAAGUACCUGUACACAGGGGAGCUGGGUGAAAAUGAGCGGGACCUCAUGCAUAUCGCCCACAUUGCUGAGCUGCUAGAGGUCUUUGAUCUACGUAUGAUGGUGGCCAACAUUCUCAACAACGAGGCCUUCAUGAAUCAGGAGAUCACCAAGGCCUUCCAUGUCCGCCGGACCAACCGGGUUAAGGAGUGCUUGGCAAAGGGCACCUUCUCAGAUGUGACCUUCAUCUUGGAUGAUGGGACCAUCAGCGCCCAUAAACCCCUACUGAUUUCCAGCUGUGACUGGAUGGCUGCCAUGUUUGGGGGGCCAUUUGUGGAGAGUUCUACCAGGGAGGUGGUGUUUCCGUACACGAGCAAGAGCUGCAUGAGGGCUGUGCUGGAGUACCUCUACACAGGCAUGUUCACCUCCAGCCCGGACCUGGAUGAUAUGAAGCUCAUCGUCCUAGCCAACCGCCUCUGCCUACCGCACUUGGUGGCCCUCACAGAGCAGUACACAGUGACCGGGCUGAUGGAGGCAACCCAGAUGAUGGUGGACAUCGAUGGGGACGUCCUUGUGUUCCUGGAAUUGGCACAGUUCCACUGUGCCUAUCAGUUGGCCGACUGGUGUCUCCACCACAUCUGCACCAACUACAACAACGUGUGCCGCAAGUUCCCACGAGACAUGAAGGCCAUGUCCCCAGAAAACCAGGAGUACUUCGAGAAGCACCGGUGGCCACCAGUCUGGUACCUGAAAGAAGAGGACCACUAUCAGCGCGCGCGGAAAGAACGCGAGAAAGAGGACUAUUUGCACCUGCGGAGGCAGCCCAAGCGGCGGUGGCUGUUCUGGAACAGUCCCUCAUCACCGUCCUCCUCAGCAGCGGGCUCGGCGUCCCCAUCCUCCUCCUCGGCUGUGGUCUGAGAUGCUGCCAACCCUCUUCUGAUCCUGCUGCUGUUGUCCUCAUUAGCCCUUGUCCCUUCUGCUCUUCUUCAUCAUCCUGUCCACCCGACAGGGCACGAGGGAACUCACCUAACCAGGGCCCUAAGGGCAGAGCUGUUCUCACCAGCCAAUGUGGCUCAGGCCAAGAGGAGCCAGGGCCCUGCAGAUCAGAACAGGGUCCACUUACAAUUCCAGGCAGGGCAGGGAAGCAUCUGCUCCGAGGCGGGGAGCAGGAAAAGAACUCAGAGCUCUUGAUAGUCUCUCUCUGGACUUGACAAUAGAGUCAAUGGAAGAAA